CUUGGUCAUUUCGCUUACUUCUCCAACCAAUGCAACACAAGACCUCACACUCGGCUGAUUUCACUCUCACUCCAACUCUCUAGCUACAGUGUUUUCGUGUGUUUUGUCUCUUUGAUUUUCUCUCUCCUAGGUUUAGGGUUAAUCAUGGCGUCCUCUUCAUCAGAUCACGCCUUGAAACACGAACUGGGCGGUGGUAGUGCCGGCACCGGUGCCGCUGAGACUUCCGAGGCCGUGAUUGCUAAUGAUCAGCUUUUGCUUUAUAAAGGAUUGAAGAAAGCGAAGAAGGAGAGAGGGUGUACUGCUAAAGAACGUAUCAGUAAAAUGCCUCCUUGCACUGCGGGUAAACGGAGCUCCAUUUAUCGUGGAGUUACAAGGCAUAGAUGGACAGGUCGUUAUGAAGCUCACCUUUGGGAUAAAAGUACCUGGAACCAGAAUCAGAAUAAGAAGGGAAAACAAGUCUACUUGGGGGCAUAUGAUGAGGAAGAGGCUGCUGCUAGGGCUUAUGAUCUUGCUGCCUUAAAGUACUGGGGCCCUGGGACUCUCAUUAAUUUUCCUGUUACUGAUUAUACAAGAGAUCUUGAUGAGAUGCAGAAUGUCUCAAGAGAAGAUUACCUUGCAUCUCUUCGAAGAAAAAGUAGUGGUUUCUCAAGAGGAAUCUCUAAAUAUCGUGGACUCUCUAGUAGUCGAUGGGACUCAUCACUUGCUCGUAUGGCUGGUUCUGAAUACUUUAAUAACAUGAAUUAUGGUACAGGUGAUGACCCAUCAACUGAAAGUGAAUAUAUAGGUGGUUUUUGCCUGGAGAGAAAAAUUGAUCUAACAAGCUACAUCAAGUGGUGGGGGCCCAAUAAAGCUCGACAAGUAGAAUCUAUUGCAAAGUCAUCUGAAGUGGGAAAACAUAGUUCUGCUGAAGACAUCAGUGGUGAGCUUAAGAAAUCAGAAUUGGCAAUCCAGUGCUCUGAACCAUACCAGAUGCCUCGUUUAGGCACCUCUCUUAAAGGAAAGAAUCAUAAGGGAUCCACUGUUUCUGCCAUGAGCAUCCUGUCACAAUCAGCCGCCUUCAAGAGUUUUCAAGAGAAAGCACUAAAAAGGCAAGAAAACAACAAUGAGAAUGAUGAGAAUGAGAACAAAAAUAUAAUUAACAAGAUGGACUAUGGCAAGGCAAUUGAAAAAUCAACCAGUCAUGAUGGUGGGAGUGAGAGACUUGGACCUGCAAUAGCAAUGACUGGGGGAUUUCCUCUUCAGAAGAAUGUGUUCCCAUUAGCUCCUUUCUUGUCUGCCCCACUUUUGACUGCCUAUAAUACCAUUGAUCCCUUAGUCGACCCCAUCCUGUGGACAUCUCUUGUUCCUCCACUUUCUUCAGGACAUUCUCAUACACCUGAGGUUACUAAGACAGAGAGUAGUUCAACAUAUACCUUCUUUCGGCCAGAGGAGUGAUGGAAAGGCAGGUAUAUUAAUCACUAAUAUCUGGGAGCUUAGCAAUGCAGUACUUUCUAGCAACGGCAAUCAAAAGCUUGCAAAUAGCAAAAUUGUGUUUUGAAUGAAAAUUCCUGUGGGCUUUGGAAAAUAUAAAACAGAAAUGGCUAAUGUAUUUGCAGAUGAAUAGCUUGGUGUUAAAGUGUAAGAUGUCUAGAAGUAUAUUUUGAUAACAGGAAGUAUGAUCUUUGGCACUGUAUUGAAAGAGUCAGAGAGUGGAAAGUUUUGUUUAGCAGUGCAUAGUGAUGCUUUUUUCAUAUAUAGCCUGUACUGUACAAAAAACAAAGGAUAAACUCUGUAACAAUAUGUAGUUUGCGUAGAUGUUAAUGUCUUAACUUCAUGAUCA